AUGCUACUAUCGAAAUCUACAUCGCUUUUGCUAGCUUUGAGCUUUCUCUUCAUUAGAGCUCAAGGGUUUGACGAAAGCCUCUUAAACAGAGAAGUUAUCGGCUAUCGAACAGCUUCAAAGGAAGAAGCCGAGAAAAUCAAUGAGAAUCAUAAGCCAUAUAGAGACAAACGAUUCGAUGAAGGCCGACGGCUUAAUCAGUUAGGGUCUGGCUUUUAUAUGACACCAGAUCCUGCUGGCUGGGAAGGUGAUAUGGAUAAAGAGAACUGGUAUUGUGUUAUCACGGCGGAUAGUGACAAGAUUAAAGACGCGCGCAAAAUAUACAUCCCAGAGUAUUACGAAGAGACUUCGCAUGAAGAGAUUGAGGAGAAGAUGUUAUGGCACGAAGGCGAAGAAGUCAUCGUGGAAUACAUCAGGAAAUUCUUACCAGACCCCGAGAAAGUGCUACGCUUCUCAUAUAUCUCACUUUACGAGGAAGAUACGCAGAUGCUCAUUCCAACUGAUAUGCUGAAUAGCGAUGUGUUGGAUUUAUGGUCUCAAUGCUAUGCAACAGAGGCAGAGCUACUAGCACACUCGAGAGAAGUUAUUGAUUGGAAGAAGUGGGACAUUGCUGGAGACCCUGGAAUACCGGUGCUUUGGGGCUAG